AUGAAGCUUCUUCGCCUCCUCCUACUUGUCCUCCACAUUUCUCACUCCUUCGCCGCCGGUCAACCAAUCUCCGAGCUCCGUGCUCUUCUCUCACUCAAAUCCUCCCUCACCGGCAACGAAAAUGACCAACACUCACCUCUCACCUCAUGGAACCUCUCCACAAACUUCUGCCAAUGGACAGGUGUCACGUGCGACGUCUCGCGCGGUCACGUGACCUCCCUUGACCUCUCGGGCCUCAACCUCUCAGGGACUCUCUCCUCCGACGUAGCUCACUUACCUCUCUUGCAAAAUCUGUCCCUCGCUGCGAACCAGAUCUCAGGUCCUAUCCCGCCGGAGAUCUCCAACCUCUCGGAGCUCCGUCGUCUAAACCUCUCCAACAACGUCUUCAACGGUUCGUAUCCCGACGAACUCUCCACCGGAUUGGUUAACCUCCAGGUCCUCGAUUUGUACAACAAUAACUUAACCGGAGAGUUGCCGGUUUCCAUCACUAAUCUGACGCAGCUCCGUCACCUCCACCUCGGUGGAAACUACUUCUCCGGAAGAAUCCCGGCGGUGUACGGAAGCUGGCCUGUUCUCGAGUACUUAGCAGUUUCCGGUAACGAACUCGUCGGAAAAAUCCCUCCGGAGAUCGGAAACCUAACGACUCUUCGAGAACUCUACAUCGGAUACUACAACGCUUUCGACGAUGGUCUUCCACCGGAGAUCGGAAACUUGUCGGAGCUUCUCAGGCUCGACGCCGCGAACUGCGGAUUGAGAGGAGAGAUUCCGCCGGAGAUUGGUAACCUCCAGAAGCUCGAUACGCUCUUCCUUCAAGUGAACGCGUUCUCAGGGCCGUUAUCGCCGGAGCUGGGAACGAUCUCGAGCUUGAAAUCAAUGGAUCUGUCCAACAACAUGUUCACCGGAGAGAUUCCGGCGAGUUUCGAGCAGCUCAAGAACCUGACGCUCUUGAAUCUCUUCAGGAACAAGCUCUACGGUGCUAUACCGGAGUUCAUCGGCGACAUGCCGGAGCUCGAGGUGUUGCAGUUAUGGGAGAACAAUUUCACCGGAAGCAUCCCUCGGAAACUGGGAGAGAACGGUAAACUGGUGAUUCUUGACCUUUCCUCCAACAAACUCACAGGAACUUUGCCUCCGAAUAUGUGCUCUGGUAACCGGUUAGUGACGUUGAUCACUCUUGGCAACUUCUUGUUUGGUUCAAUCCCGGAUUCGCUUGGGAAAUGCGAGUCUUUGACCCGGAUCCGAAUGGGCGAGAAUUUCUUAAACGGGUCGAUUCCGGACGGGCUUUUCGGGUUACCCGAAUUAUCACAAGUGGAGCUUCAAGACAACUACCUCACCGGAGAGUUACCGUUACCAAUAAGCGGAGGUGUCUCUGUGAACCUUGGUCAGAUCAGUCUUUCAAAUAACCAGCUUUCCGGUCCAUUACCGCCGGCCAUCGGGAACUUCUCCGGCGUCCAGAAACUACUCUUAGAUGGUAACAAGUUCACUGGUCCGAUACCCUCGGCGAUAGGGAGGCUUCAGCAGCUUUCAAAGCUGGAUUUUAGCCACAAUCUGUUCUCGGGUCGGGUUGCGCCGGAGAUCAGCCACUGUAAGCUGCUAACGUACGUUGAUCUGAGCCGUAACGAGCUCUCAGGUGAGAUCCCUAACGAAAUCACGACUAUGAGGAUCUUGAAUUACUUGAAUAUUUCGAGAAACCAUCUUGUCGGUUCGAUCCCUGUGACGAUAUCGUCAAUGCAGAGUUUAACAUCUGUUGAUUUCUCUUACAACAACCUCUCCGGUUUGGUUCCAAGCACUGGACAAUUCAGUUACUUUAACUACACAUCCUUCUUGGGUAAUUCUGAUCUUUGUGGUCCUUAUUUGGGUCCUUGCAACGGCAAAGGAACUCACCAGCCUCAUGUCAAGCCUCUAUCCGCUACUACAAAGCUCUUGCUCGUCCUCGGCUUGCUCUUUUGUUCGAUGGCCUUUGCUAUAGCUGCAAUAAUCAAAGCUAGGUCUUUGAGAAACGCUACUGAGUCAAAGGCUUGGAGAUUGACUGCUUUCCAGAGACUAGACUUCACUUGUGACGAUGUCUUGGUCUGUCUCAAAGAAGACAACAUCAUAGGUAAAGGCGGUGCCGGGAUUGUCUACAAAGGCGUGAUGCCUAGCGGCGACCUAGUAGCGGUCAAGAGAUUGGCUACAAUGUCUCAUGGAUCUUCUCAUGAUCAUGGAUUCAACGCUGAGAUACAGACUUUAGGUAGGAUCAGACACAGACACAUUGUCAGGCUUCUUGGGUUUUGCUCUAACCAUGAAACGAAUCUCCUUGUGUACGAGUACAUGCCUAACGGUAGCCUUGGAGAGGUCCUUCAUGGAAAAAAAGGAGGUCAUUUGCAUUGGGACACACGUUACAAGAUUGCUCUUGAAGCAGCUAAAGGUCUUUGCUAUCUCCACCAUGACUGUUCUCCGUUGAUAGUUCACAGAGAUGUCAAAUCCAACAACAUCCUCCUCGACUCCAACUUCGAAGCUCACGUCGCUGACUUUGGUCUUGCCAAGUUCUUACAAGACUCUGGCACUUCUGAGUGUAUGUCUGCAAUUGCCGGCUCCUACGGCUACAUUGCUCCAGAAUACGCGUAUACAUUGAAGGUAGAUGAGAAGAGUGAUGUGUACAGCUUUGGUGUUGUUCUUCUAGAACUCAUCACCGGGAGGAAACCCGUCGGAGAAUUUGGCGACGGCGUGGAUAUCGUUCAGUGGGUCCGAAGCGUUACGGAUUCAAACAAAGAAUGUGUGCUCAAAGUAAUCGAUCAUAGACUUUCUUCCGUACCCGUCCACGAAGUAACGCACGUCUUCUACGUUGCCAUGCUUUGCGUUGAAGAGCAGGCGGUGGCAAGGCCGACGAUGAGGGAAGUCGUUCAGAUCCUCACCGAGGUCCCAAAGAUCCCUCUUUCGAAACAACAGGCGGUUGAAUCAGACGUGAGGGAGAAAUCUCCGGCUAUAAAUGAAUCGUCGCCGGAUCUCCUCAGUAAUUAGUACUUUGCGACGACAGGCUUAAAAUCAUCGAGGGGCAAACUAGUCUUUUCAGCCAAUGAGAUGGUGUUAAUCACUUGUUUAAGCCCUCUUCUCUGAUUCGGUCAAGGCAACUAUGAGUUCGGUCUUUAGUGGUUUAAGUAACUCUUGAAGUUUUUUCUUUCUGCCCCCAUAAUAUUCGAGUUGCAUUAGUUUUAUCCUUUGCUUUAUCCUUUUGGACCGUAACUGAUUGUGGUAAUUGUGUUACGAUGCAAAAAGACAUUGCCAUGUGAGAGGAGACAGAGAGGGAAAACUAAGGUAUGAAUGUGUGUGUGGGACAUUCUGAUAAGUUAUGCUGAGAAGGGAGAAAGUGAAAGCUCAUUCACAAUUCUCCAGUUACUGCAAAUGCAUGUGUAGUUUAGUGUCUUUAAUGAAUCAAAUGGUCCUAAGAUCUUUAUCAACUCUCUUCCCUUGUCUUGAAGCAAAAAUCUAACUUAUAUGAAGCAUUUAUGACAUCUUCUUCUCAUUAUUGUAAGCCAUAUAUCCAAUUUUAAAUUUUG